AACCAAGCCAAAUGAAGGCAACAUUGGCGGCCGUUGGUCUGGCGCCAAUGGCACUAACAGAGCUGCUAUUUAGUCGCUGUUCACCGAUUAUCUUCGGACGUUGCAGGAGCCCGACAAUCGGAACAGCUAGGCAUCUCCCCGUCCAAGCAAGCCUGCGCCGGGCUCGUCGCAUAGCAAGGCACGGUUACAAUGUAUGUGCGUGGGUACGGAGCGUGGUGUGCAGAAAUCGUGCUGGCAGAGGCCAGCAGGCCGCAGAAGAGAGAACAGGCGAUGCUGAAAAGAAAACGGUGAAUCGCCGUUGGCAUGUUGGAAGAUAGCGCUUCUCCAUUUUGAUGCGUGGUUUGCUUUUCUCCUAC